CUGUGAAAACUGGUGGUUGUGAGCGCAUCUUGUGCAAAUUCUUUUUGCGAAUUCGCUUUAAGUAACCCUACAAUAUGUCCGAAGAAAAGCCCAAGGAAGGUGUGAAGACAGAGAAUGACCACAUUAACCUGAAGGUUGCGGGUCAAGACGGCUCAGUGGUCCAGUUCAAAAUCAAGAGGCACACUCCCCUCAGUAAACUCAUGAAGGCAUACUGCGAAAGACAGGGGUUGUCAAUAAGACAGAUUAGGUUUCGAUUCGACGGACAGCCGAUCAAUGAGACAGACACACCUGCACAGCUGGAGAUGGAGGAUGAGGACACUAUAGAUGUAUUUCAGCAACAGACCGGGGGCUCCUGCUAAAACUCGUCGACUCAUCAAAAGGGCACCUAUUUUAUUUGAUUUAUUUUUUUUUUUCCUCCAAUUGCUCUGUCAAUGUUGUGUAUGUAUGGGUUUUUUUUUUGUUUGUUUAUUUGAUUUUGUUUUGCUCUCAAAAGUGUCCUUCCUAAUUUUCAUAGGAUGGACGUAGGGUUUCAACUCCAAUAUUCGAUAUUUAAAAGAUUUGAGUGAGGUGAAAAUGGCUGGCAGUACGUGAAUUGUCACUCGCGAUCGCCAACAACCUGUCUCGCCCAUGGGCGUGGCUGGCGUUUGAGUGACGGCAAACCAUAUUAGAGGCAUGUCUGCGAAUGAUGUAUCCUUUCAGAAGUUGGAACAGGGAAGGAGUGAUUUUCCCAUAAACCCUCUUUUCCUCAGUCCGCCACAGGUCAAGGGAGCCCUUUUUAAUCCCCCCCCCCAUAGCAUAGGUAGCCAUGUCUACAUUUUAAAUCUAAUUCAAUUUUAGGUGCUUUAGCCACAAAAAAAAAAAAAAUGAAAUUGUCUCUCACAAAUUCUAUUCUUCAGGUUUUUAAUUUGGGUCACCGCAAGCAGAGGCCUGUUCAAAAAGGGGCGGGGUUAAGAGGGGAAUCGCUCCCUGCCCGCCUCUUUCUGUUUGGUCGUCAUACGGUAACAGACAGUAGACAGAUGCUUGCAAUACACACGCAACAGAAUCUGGACCAAACCCCCAAAGAUGCUACGCUGAAUAUGUCAGAAAGCAAGGUGUU